AUGGCACCGAAAGAGGGAAAGAGCCGUAAGCCAGCAAAUACGGCUUUUAAACAACAACGACUAAAGGCUUGGCAACCUAUAUUAACACCUAAAACUGUACUUCCGACUUUUUUCAUAGUUGGAGUGAUAUUUGCUCCAUUAGGGGGACUGUUGUUAUAUGAAAGUGAUAGUGUAUCGGAAAUUAGCAUUGACUACACACAGUGCAGUACUUUAGCCCCCUUUUCCACCAACUUCAGCGAUGCGACCCUUUUACCCGACGAUGCCGUAGAUAUUUCUUUUGCGCAAGACAAUGCGACGGUCGAAAAAGCAAAAUGGAUUACUUAUCAAGCGAACGUGACAUUCCCAGAAGGCGCGACAGUCCCAGUCAACAAAUGUGAGAUCGAGUUCUCGAUUCCUGCACAACUUAAACCGGGUGUGUUUCUUUAUUAUCGAUUGACAAACUUUUAUCAGAAUCAUCGACGUUAUGUGAAAAGUUUUGAUGCUAAUCAAUUGAAGGGGAGCGCUGUUAGUAUUGGGGCUUUGCAGUCUAGUUGCAAACCUUUGGUGUCAGAUAGUAAUGGAACUAUUAUCUAUCCUUGUGGAUUGAUUGCUAAUUCUAUCUUUAAUGACACAUUCUCCGACCUCACACUACUCAACCUCGUCGGCCAAGGUGGUGACAACUCGACGUACAAUUUUACCCAGCGAAAUAUUGCGUGGCCAUCAGACAAGCAAAAAUACGGAAAAACAUCAUAUGAUGUCGACAGCAUAGUACCACCGCCAAAUUGGGCUAUACGAUACGUGAAUGGAAAGUAUACCGCUGACACGGUCCCUGAUUUGCAUGAUGAUGAACAUUUCCAGGUGUGGAUGCGUACCGCGGGGCUACCCGACUUUCGUAAAUUGUAUGCAAAGAACGAGGUGGAUGUCAUGCUUCAGGGCAGAUAUCGUAUCGUGAUCGAUGAUGUCUUCCCCGUGACCAAAUACGGCGGCACAAAAUCGAUUGUCAUUUCGACUGUUUCCUUCUUGGGCGGAAAGAAUCCAUUUUUGGGCAUCGCAUAUAUCAGCGUCGGAAUUGUCUGUGUUGUGCUUGGAUGUCUUUUCACCGCUAGGCAUUUAUACAAACCCAGGAAACUCGGAGAUCAUAAAUACCUUUCCUGGAAUCAAAAUGCAUCUGCAGGCGGUGCAACCGGUACUCAUCGGGAUUAA